AGUCCGCCUAACAACGGCAGGCUCGAGCUCCGAGAGUGUACUGACCGCGCGCAGGAAGAGCGAUACGGUCGUUAUAGCUACCUAAGCCAGUGUAACGGUUGAUUCUGAAGACCAACAUGUUUUGACAAUGAAUAAAAGCAAGGCAACGUAGCGCACUGCAAACGAAACAGUAGACACCGUUCUUUAGACGCGAAAAUCAAUGGUACAGAAAGGGAUGUCCAGGACGCCUUCCACCUCGACACAGGAAAUCCAGAUGGACAUGUUCGACCACCACGGCUCGCACGCGCAGGGGAAAUAUGCAAAGAGGAAGAGUCGUUUUAAGCGAUCUGAUGGCAGCACCUCAUCUGACACAACUUCAAACAGCUUUGUCCGGCAGGGUUCAGCGGACUCCUACACCAGUCGUCCCUCAGACUCUGACGUGUCUCUGGAGGAGGAUCCAGAGGCCCUGAGAAAAGAGGCAGACAGACAGGCUCUGGCCACCCUUGAAAAAGCCAAGACUAAGCCGGUUGCUUUUGCAGUGAGGACUAAUGUUGGUUAUAACCCGGGUCCUAAUGAUGAUGUUCCAGUGCAGGGCAUGGCCAUCUCAUUUGAAGCCAAAGAUUUCCUGCAUAUCAAAGAGAAAUAUAAUAAUAACUGGUGGAUAGGACGUUUGGUGAAGGAAGGAUGUGAGGUGGGUUUCAUCCCCAGUCCAGUAAAGCUAGAGAGCACUCGUCAGCUACAGGAGCAGAGGAGUAGACAGAACCGCUUAAGCUCCAGUAAGUCUGGUGGGAGCUCCAGUCUGGAUGUUGCCUCAGGAACUCGUAGGCCCACUCCACCUGGAACAGCUGAUAUGUCAGCACUUUAUGAUGAUACAUCGGAUGUUGAGGAGGCGGAGCAUGUUGAUGCCCGGGACCGUAAGGGUGUGGCCGGCAGUGUCACCUCCCCUCAGGGCAAUAUACCUCGUCUGCCCUUCUUUAAGAAGAUGGAACAUGUUCCUCCCUAUGAUGUGGUGCCUUCUAUGAGACCUAUCAUCCUCGUCGGGCCAUCACUCAAAGGCUAUGAGGUAACUGAUAUGAUGCAGAAAGCUCUGUUUGACUUCCUGAAACACAAGUUUGAGGGCAGGAUAUCUAUCACGCGGGUCACAGCAGAUAUCUCUCUUGCCAAGCGUUCUGUCCUGAACAAUCCCAGCAAACACACCAUCAUUGAGCGUUCCAGCACCAGAUCCAGUUUGGCCGAGGUGCAGAGUGAAAUAGAGAGAAUCUUUGAGUUGGCUCGGACCUUGCAGCUUGUGGCUCUGGAUGCAGACACUAUUAACCAUCCGUCUCAGCUUGCCAAAACAUCACUGGCACCUAUAAUAGUUUACAUUAAGAUCGCUUCUCCAAAGGUACUGCAAAGGCUGAUAAAAUCCAGAGGUAAAUCUCAGGCCAAACAUCUUAACGUUCAGAUGGUGGCAGCAGACAAACUAGCACAAUGCCCCCCUGAGCUCUUUGACAUCAUAUUAGAUGAAAACCAGCUGGAGGAUGCAUGUGAACACCUGGCAGAUUAUUUGGAGGCAUACUGGAAGGCCACACACCCCCCAAGCAGCAACCCCCCAAACCCACUGUUGAACCGCACUAUGGCCACGGCAGCACUUGCUGCUUCACCUGAGCCCGUCUCCAACCUGCAGGGGCCAUUUCUCGUGCACAGUGAGCCAAAGAGGGAGGGGCCUGUCGUGGAACGGGCCUGCCCCCAGGACUAUCAGACCGAGCUGGGUGGAAAGCAGCCACUGCGCACAUCACGCAGUCAGUUGCAGUCCGGGGGGCGUGGCUUAUCACGACAGGACACAUUUGAUUCGGAGACACAGGGCAGUCGCGACUCGGCCUACACAGAUGACAUGGAAACGGAUCCAUACGAGGAGCCAGAAUCCUGUCGCAGCCGGUUAAACCCUGCCCACCAGGCCCCACGGCAGGCAUCCUGGGAGGAUGAGGGGGCAGAACCAGAUCAGGAGAACCUCAACCUAGCACCGCCAAUGACCAAUCAACAUCACCGUGGGCGGGCCCACCUGAGAGAGCGCUACUGUCAAGAUGUAGAGGCUGGUGAGACCACGGUAGGCCGCAACCAAAACCAGGAGGAGUGGAACAGAGACGUGUACAUCCGCUAGAGCCAAUACCCAGAGAAGAGGACAGGGGAGACAUGGAGAGUACAUGACGGAUUUAGAGGGAUUAAAAUUUAGGGGGACAAUUGUUUAUGUCUAAAGCUGGAUCUGUUUACAAUCCAUAGAAACCACCACAGGCAAAUGCUGUACAGUUCACAUUUCAAUCAUGCGCAUUAUGCCAACCAAGCUUACACUCAUACUUCAUUUAGCUAAUCUUAUUUCAGGGUGAGGGGGAAGCAAAGACAUGUUUGUUUCCAUUUUAUCUUUUUGUUCUAGUUUUCUUUGUGUUGUCUUGCAUGAACCCUUAUCACUAUAGGGAUAAUUCCUUUUUCCAAUGGCAAUGCAGUAAAACUAAGUAAAUAUAUAACCACAAACUUGUGUGUAUGUAUGAGUGGAUGUGAGAGCGAGUGAGUGCAUGGGUGUAUGUAUCUUGUCCUAUUACUGUCUUAAUCUGGGCCUCUUUAUCCCCAUUUAGAAUAUUCUGGGCCUCAAAUCUCGUUAGUUCCUUAGACUGGAUACAGUACAAUUUUACUAUGGAACUGUAUGAUAUAAAUUAAAGAUUAAAAGACUCUUGUUACACUUUCGACCUUCAGAUAUACCAUGUCAGUGGAUUCACUGAAUGUAUCACCAGGUAAUGAAUGCCAGGAUUUCCCAGCUCAAAAUUAUCUUCAAAGAUCUGCCAAUAUUCUUCAUGUAUAUACUUUCUCUAUUUCUUUAGAUAUUAUUUAUUAUGCUUAUAAUGCUAGAAACUGUAUUACAUCAUUUGCCUGAUAUAGCUUUAUUGCUGCUACGUGUUUUUUCAGCCUGUACAGUAAUCUGUUCUAAAACUCACGUUUGUGGUACGAACAGUUUCAGUAAAGUGGCUGACACAUUAAUAAAGCCGACCAAUGUUAACUUAUUUGUGAUAACAGGUAUUAUUAUGCAAGAAAACAAAACUUUAAAGCCGCUUUAUUAAAUGUGAUGUGAUUUUUUUCCCCACCUUCAAAUGAAUAUGACUUUAAACAACUAUAAAAGGUCUAAAACAGGGUUUCUUUGCUCCGGUCAUGGAGGCUUACCUGCAUAACAUAAUUUCAAGUUUCCCUUCUCAUGACACAGUAGAUUGUUUGUUGUAAGCAGUAGGGAAGCAUUGAAGAGCAAUGAGCCUCCAUGACAUGAGUUGGUAAUCCAUUAUCUAAAGCACUUUGAGACCUCCAUCAAUGGCUACUACAGGAGACUAUGAUAUUUGCCAUGUAGAAAAUAUCUUAUGUGGCAUUAUCCCGCCUCCUGUGAUCAUCAAAGUUUUUCUGAUGCACUACUGCUGUGAGAAUGAGCUGUCUCAUAUACAUGCCAAUCACAUAACAAAUGACAAGUGCCAGAAUAUUUCAUAAAGUUACACCCACUACCCAUGGUGGGUGGUCUUAACUCUGUACCACACAUGUUUUUUGUUGUGUGGGUGUGCUAUAGAAGUGUCACCCUUACUCUUUGUCUACCAGUUAUUUUUGUCACUUCAAGGAUCUGAUUGUGUGAUCACGCUUAUUUUACAAAGAAAUGCACAGACAAAAACUCAUAAUACACACACAGGUGUAAACACACACGGUAAACCUUCUACUGCCUUUUUCUCCUGCUCCUGCCUUUUGUGUCACUAUCUCUGUGGGCAUUUCUAAACAACAAGGGUUUUGUGUGUGUGUGUGUGUGUGUGUGUGCGUCUGUCCGUCUGUCUGUCUGUCUGUCUGUGUCUGAGUGUAUGCAUGUGUGGGGGGGGGGCACUCAAGCAGCUUUUGAUGUGCAGGAAGAGUUUCAGUGAAUAUCCUUGAUGAGCCUGUUUUUACUCACAUAUGUUGCAAAAGGACAUCAUGCUAAUGAUGAAAUUCAGAAAAUGUACGAGAAAAUAGCUUAAUAAUGAAUGUUACUGUUGCGUUAUUGCAAUUGUUAAUAUAUGACAAAACAUAAUCAUGUAAUCUUUGGUGCCUGAUUGUAGCUCCAUUUUGCUUUUUUGCCUCCUGUUUUUAAUCUGUGGGUAAAUCUGUAUUUUAAU